GCAGGAGGAGGAGGAGGCCAUGGCUGGUAAUGACUGACGUGGAAGGUGUCAGGUGGACUGAGUAACAAACUUCGGGGGGAGAAACAAAGUCUUGAGAGCUAAAACCCGUUGCUUCUUUCCGAGCUCCUGUGGGGUUUCGCCGGGCGCAGCAGGAUGAGUCUGGAUAAAGCGGAGCUGUGUGACUCACUGUUAACCUGGUUACAGACAUUUCAGGUUCCAUCAUGCAACAGCAAGUCCGACCUAACAAGUGGAGUGGCCAUUGGACACGUGCUGCACAGAAUAGACCCCUCUUGGUUUAAUGAGACAUGGCUAGGCAGGAUCAAGGAGGAGAGCGGGGCCAACUGGCGCCUCAAGGUCAGCAACUUGAAAAAGAUCCUUAAGAGCAUGCUGGAAUAUUAUCAUGAUGUGCUUGGACAUCAGGUGUCAGAUGACCACUUGCCAGAUGUUAACCUUAUAGGAGAGAUGGGAGAUGUCACUGAGCUGGGCAAGCUGGUACAGCUUGUACUGGGCUGUGCUGUCAGUUGUGAGAAAAAACAAGAACAAAUCCAGCAAAUAAUGACACUUGAGGAAUCUGUCCAGCACGUUGUGAUGACAGCUAUUCAGGAGCUCUUAUCAAAAGAACCUUCAUCUGAACCAGGAAGCCCAGAAACCUACGGGGACUUCGACUACCAGUCCAGGAAGUAUUAUUUCCUGAGUGAGGAGGCAGACGAGAAGGAGGACCUGAGCCAGCGCUGCCAAGACCUGGAGCAUCAGUUGUCAGUGGCACUGGAGGAGAAGUCGUCCCUUCAGGCGGAGACACGCUCUCUGAAGGAGAAGCUGAGCCGCUGCGACUCUCUGGACGCCUCCACCACUGCCAUCACUGGCAAGAAGCUGCUGCUGCUGCAGAGUCAGAUGGAGCAGCUUCAGGAGGAGAACUACAGACUGGAGAACAGCAGAGACGACAUGCGUGUGCGGGGAGAGAUACUGGAGCGCGAGGUGACCGACCUGCAGCAGCGUAACGAAGAGCUGACCAGUCUGGCGCAGGAGGCUCAGGCCCUCAAAGACGAGAUGGACAUUCUCAGGCAUUCGUCUGACCGGGUGAACCAGCUCGAGGCGAUGGUGGAGACGUACAAGAGGAAACUGGAGGAUCUUGGCGACCUGCGCAGACAGGUGCGCCUCCUGGAGGAGCGCAACACCGUGUACAUGCAGCGCACCUGCGAGCUGGAGGAGGAGCUGCGCAGGGCCAACGCUGUCCGCAACCAGCUGGACACCUACAAGAGACAGGCUCAUGAGCUCCACACCAAGCACUCGGCAGAGGCCAUGAAAGCCGAGAAGUGGCAGUUUGAGUACAAGAACCUUCACGACAAAUACGACGCGCUGCUGAAAGAGAAAGAACGUCUGAUCUCAGAAAGAGACACACUUCGGGAAACAAACGAUGAGCUCAGGUGUGCACAAGUCCAACAGAGGUGUCUGAGUGGAGCAGGAGGUCUGUGCGACAGUGGUGUCACAGUGGGAAACCUUGCUGCAGAGAUCAUGCCUACUGAGCUCAAGGAGACGGUGGUGCGUCUGCAGAGUGAAAACAAGAUGUUGUGUGUCCAGGAGGAGACCUACAGGCAGAAACUAGUGGAGGUGCAGGCUGAGCUGGAGGAGGCUCAGCGCAGCAAGAACACCCUGGAAACUCAGAACAGGUUGAACCAGCAGCAGAUCUCAGAGCUGCGUUCUCAGAUCGAGGAGCUCCAGAGAGCGCUCCAGGAGCAGGACAGCAAGACGGAGGAUGCUAUCUCCUCCUUAUUGAAGAAAAAGCUUGAGGAGCAUUUGGAGAAGCUCCAUGAAGCUCACACAGAUCUUCAAAAGAAAAGAGAAGUCAUCGAUGACCUGGAGCCCAAAGUGGACAGCAACAUGGCGAAGAAGAUCGAUGAACUUCAGGAGAUCCUGCGGAAGAAGGACGAGGACAUGAAGCAGAUGGAGGAGCGAUACAAACGCUACGUGGAGAAGGCGAGAACGGUGAUCAAAACCCUGGAUCCCAAGCAGCUGCCAGUGACCGCGACUCCUGACGUUCAGGCUCUGAAGAACCAGCUGGCAGAGAAGGAGAGAAAAAUCCACCACCUCGAACACGACUAUGAGAAGAGCAGAGCCAGACACGACCAAGAGGAGAAACUCAUCAUUACUGCCUGGUACAACAUGGGGAUGGCGUUGCAUCAGAAAGUGUCCGGCGAGCGCCUGGGACCGUCCAACCAGGCCAUGUCCUUCCUGGCUCAGCAGAGGCAGUCCACCAACGCCAGGAGGGGCCUGACACGACACCACCAUUAAGGGGGGG